AUGUUUUUGUUAUUUGACUUGCAGGGAUUGAUUCUUGAUCAGCUAGCUAAAGACAUAGUAAUGAAUUUCCAUCACCGGCUUCUUCUUGAGACAGACCAAAGUAUGGCACCAAUAGAUGGAAACCAGUAUGAUCAUAAUUCAAAUUUCGACACCAAUAUGAUCAUAAUUCUUGCCGUUUUGCUAUGUGCAUUAUUAAGUGUACUUGGUUUAAAUUCUAUUGUGCGAUGCGCGUUUCGUUGUAGUCGUAGUGCAGAGGAGUCACAAGUUGUUGCUGCUAAAGGGAUCAAGAAGAAAAAUUUACGGCAAAUUCCUGUAGUUGUUUAUGGAAAUGUAAAUUUUUCAGGGAGUGAAUGUCCAAUUUGUCUUGGAGAAUUUGUGGAUGGUGAGAAGGUUCGUGUGUUACCAAAAUGUAAACAUGGUUUUCAUGUGACAUGUAUUGAUAAAUGGCUCUUGGCACAUUCAUCGUGCCCGAAUUGUCGGCACUCUUUGAAUGGUGAAGCCACAGUAGAACCAUGA